GCCAAAGCCAGCAGAUCAGAGCAGCCAGUUUUCUGAAACAUUUGAAGUGCAGACCUUCUUACUGAACUGAAAAUGACCAACUUCAUCAGCAGAAACUUGAUCUUUGCUUCUUUGAUGGGACUGCUGCUCCUCUGCCUGUCUGGCAUUUCUGAAGCACAAAACAACCACGACUGCUGCCUCUCUUACUCCACAGUCCGGCUACCUCGAUGGGCCAUAAACGGUUACACAGAACAGUUAUCAACUGAAGUGUGUGACAUCGAUGCUAUCAUUUUUCACACAAAGAAUGGACGGAGUGCUUGUGCAAAUCCAGAGGAGCGCUGGGUGAAGAAGCAUCUUCUUUGGCUGAGCCAGAAACUCAGGAAGAUGUCACUGUAAUGUGGGGUGUGAAAUGAAACUAGACACAAAGGCGACUACAGAACCUAAACUAGGUUGGAAUCGUCUCUUUGUACACGGUGUGUGCUUACUGACCAUUGUUCCUGGAUUCUUUGGAACCAUUGAACAACUGAAGUUGAUUCAUAUUGCAUCUUUCAGUUGCUUGACUUAAGCAUUUUUGUUAAAGUUGCUUUUUUCUUCUGUCAAUAUACAAUAUUUGAUUACUGUGUAAAGAAGAAAACAGUCUUAUGUUGUUACUAGGGGGCUGCGACCUCUGCUUGCUAUGCUCUUCUAUUCUCCUCCCUAGCUGCUUUCGUAGCCAGAGAGCGUGAGAGCAUGACAACGUGAUGAUGUCAUUCUGUCAUCCAGCAGGAAAAACUUUUUUAUAUAGAAAGAUACAAAAUACGUGCCGUAUGUGAUUUAGAGCAUUUGGAUGUCACUUGUGCUAUUUAGCAUAAGUAAAAUAGAUAAUUUAUUCUAUUUAUUUGUUAAAUCUUAGGCAUUUUUUUUUGUGCCAACGCUCUGUUCCCUUUAGUUUUAAGUAAUGUGAUAAACAACAAAUGGAUUAAAUAUGUUGGACUGUUGUAAAAACAUGUGCUUGAGAGAAUAUGUAGAUUAUGGAAAUUUUAAA